CCGGGAAGCGGGGCGGGGCGCGCGGGGAGGGCGGGCCGAGGGCGCCGGCGGGCGGGGGCCUGACCCUUGCAGCGGGAGAGCGGCCCGCCCGCGGCCACGCCCCUCGCCGCCCAGGGCGCAGGGCCAUUGGAGAGGUGCGUGGUCCCGCGCCGCCCCCGCCCAGCGAACCUCCAGCGCCGCCGAAGGCUGAGGCGGUGAGAGCGGCGCGGCGCUGGUGCUGGCGGGCUUCGCGGGGAGACUCCGGGCGGACGCGGCCGGCGCCGGCUUGUGGGCUCUCCGCCUGCAGCCAUGACCCUCGCAGUGUGUUCCCGAGCCGUCUAAUAUCCCGCACGGUGGAGCGCAGCUGCCUGGAGAGCCCGGCAGCCCUUUUCCUUCGCAGCCCUUGGUGCCUUAUCGCACUCCCUGUCCCGGAGCUGGGAGCCAGCGCGGGCAGCCGGCGUCCCCGUGCAAACUGGGGGUGUCUGCUGAAGCCGCCCCCGCCGCUGCUGCCCCGGUCUCUGGCCAUGGCCUGGCGGGGCGCAGGGCCGAGCGCCCCUGGGGCGCCUGGGGGCGCCGGACUGCGUCUGGGGUUGCUGCUGCUGCUGCUGCUGCUGCAGUUGCUGGGGCCGGCGCGGGGAUUCGGAGACGAGGAGGAACGGCGCUGCGACCCCAUCCGCAUUUCCAUGUGCCAGAACCUGGGCUACAACGUGACCAAGAUGCCCAACUUGGUGGGGCACGAGCUGCAGACGGACGCCGAGCUGCAGCUGACAACUUUCACGCCGCUUAUCCAGUACGGCUGCUCCAGCCAGCUGCAGUUCUUCCUUUGUUCGGUGUAUGUGCCAAUGUGCACAGAGAAGAUCAACAUCCCCAUCGGCCCGUGCGGCGGCAUGUGUCUUUCAGUCAAGAGACGCUGUGAGCCUGUCCUGAAGGAGUUUGGCUUCGCCUGGCCAGAGAGCCUGAACUGCAGUAAAUUCCCUCCCCAGAACGACCACAACCAUAUGUGCAUGGAAGGGCCAGGAGAUGAAGAGGUGCCCUUACCGCACAAGACCCCCAUCCAGCCUGGGGAGGAGUGUCACUCCGUGGGAACCAAUUCUGACCAGUACAUCUGGGUGAAAAGGAGCCUGAACUGUGUGCUCAAGUGUGGCUACGACGCUGGCUUGUACAGCCGCUCGGCCAAGGAGUUCACUGACAUCUGGAUGGCUGUGUGGGCCAGCCUGUGCUUCAUCUCCACCGCCUUCACGGUGCUCACCUUCCUCAUUGAUUCCUCUAGGUUUUCCUACCCUGAACGCCCCAUCAUAUUUCUCAGUAUGUGCUAUAAUAUUUAUAGCAUUGCUUAUAUUGUCAGGCUGACGGUAGGCCGGGAAAGGAUAUCCUGCGAUUUUGAAGAGGCAGCAGAACCCGUUCUCAUCCAAGAAGGACUUAAGAACACAGGAUGUGCAAUAAUUUUCUUGCUGAUGUACUUUUUUGGGAUGGCCAGCUCCAUCUGGUGGGUUAUUCUGACACUCACUUGGUUUUUGGCAGCCGGACUCAAAUGGGGUCAUGAAGCCAUUGAGAUGCACAGCUCUUAUUUCCACAUUGCAGCCUGGGCUAUCCCUGCAGUAAAAACCAUUGUCAUCUUGAUUAUGAGACUGGUGGAUGCAGAUGAGCUGACCGGCCUGUGCUAUGUAGGCAACCAAAACCUCGAUGCCCUCACUGGCUUCGUGGUGGCUCCACUCUUCACUUACUUGGUAAUUGGAACCUUGUUCAUCGCUGCAGGUUUGGUGGCCUUGUUCAAGAUUCGGUCAAAUCUGCAAAAGGAUGGGACAAAGACAGACAAGUUAGAAAGGCUGAUGGUCAAGAUUGGGGUCUUUUCAGUACUGUAUACAGUUCCCGCAACCUGUGUGAUUGCCUGUUAUUUCUAUGAAAUUUCUAACUGGGCACUCUUCCGGUAUUCUGCAGAUGAUUCCAAUAUGGCGGUGGAGAUGCUCAAAAUUUUCAUGUCUUUGCUAGUGGGCAUCACUUCUGGCAUGUGGAUUUGGUCUGCCAAAACUCUUCACACUUGGCAGAGGUGUUCCAACAGAUUGGUGAAUUCUGGGAAGGUGAAGAGAGAGAAGAGAGGCAAUGGUUGGGUGAAACCUGGGAAAGGCAAUGAAACUGUGGUGUAAGGCCAGUCUCCACGCUUUCCUCAUUUUGAAAGGUGGCAUGCCAGCAUUUUGAUGGAGAUACUACCAAAACUUCCUAUGCAGUGAAUCCAGCAACUCGUAAGCCUUGCCUCCCUCAUCAACCUGCCAUCCUCCACCGCUACCCCACCAUCAUAAAACCAGUGAGUUUGCUGCAGACUUUGGAACGAUCCAAAAUGGAAAAGCCAGGUAGAGGCUUUCGAAGCUGUGAAAAAUCAAAAUGUUGAUCACUUUAGCAGGUUACAGCUUGGAGCAUGGAAGUCCUGUCUUGAUUCCAAGAAGUUUCGGGGCAAUGUUGUUUUUCCCUACAGGGUGGGAUUGAGCUGUGAGUUGAUAACUUACAGGGGGACAGAUUGAUGUUUUUUAACCUUUUUAAAUUUAAAGUGCUAACUGGGUCUUUCAGAUAACAAAGUGAUUUGUAAACACUGGAAAGGCUGGGUUCAGAGAAGUGUUAUAAGAGUUUUAUAGUUUGGCUGAUCUAACAUAAACAUCUUCUGUGGUGCACUGUCUGCUGUUUAGAAUUUGCUGGAUUGCACUCCCAAGAGGUGGUGUCAAAAUCUUUCAGUGCCUUUGUCAUAAAACAGAGUUGUUUGAACAAACAACGGUCCUGUACUAACACACAUGAGGUAUCCACAGUAUUUUUCUUCUCUCUUUUCCUCUCUUAAAUUUCACCAUAUCUAUUGUAUGCUGCUGCUGAUUUCUUCAUUGUACACUUAAUGACUCGAAAAAAGAGUAUUUUUAUAGGAAUUUUUGCUCUGCAGCAUGCCUAACGAAGGGGAAGGGAAUGGUGAUUCACUUUCUCACAAUCGCUUAAUUCAGAGGAAAAUAAGAUUUUACAACAUUACCUUACUGACCCCAGAGACCUUUUUGCGUUGAGCAAUGAAGACUUAAUAUAUUUUACUCCGUGUGAUUGCAUCUAUGCAGACGCCAGUCUGGUAGAGCUGAAAUGUUAAAUUUCUUGGCAACUUUGCAUUCACACAGAUUAACUGUGUAAUUUGUGUGUCGAUUACAAUUAAAAGCACAUUCUUGGACCAUGACAUAGUAUACUCAACUGACUUUAAAACUGUGGUCAACUUGCGUUCUCAGAGUGAUAGUGCCUUAUUUCCUUUAGCAUAAGAAUGUUAUCAGAGCCUGGUCUACUUACCACAAUGCAGUCUCACUCAGUUUUGUAAAGGGAGCUAAGGACAGCUAGUCCAACUACGUGGUGCAUAAUUGUUUCCUAGUAAUUGGCAAAGGCUCCUUAUAAGAUUUCAUUGGAGUCAGUGUGGCCUGCAGUAUUUAUAUGGUGCUUAAUGAAUCUCCAGAAUGCCAGCCAGGAGCUUGAUUGGUUAGCAGGGAAUAAAGUGUAGACCAUAUGAAAUGAACUGCAAACUCGCAGCAUAGGUCUUAAUUGCCUUUUGCAGAGGUAUCCAAAGCUUUUAAAAUUUAUGCUUUACGUUCGUCUCAAGGGGGUACCCCCUAGCAGCUCUCAGAAAGUUGCAGUUCUUUUAAAAUUGUAACUGGACUUUGUCUUAACCAGCUUUAGGCUUUCUAAUCACCACAUCUCUGGGACAAAUUGUUGACAGUGUCUCAGGUUGUUCUCCUUAUGACUUACACCUGUCUUUACUCUGCAGUGACUCAUUAUUUAUUAAUUCCUGCCCUUUUUAAAAAAGAAUAGGUAAAUUUUUUUUCAACUCUUGUUUAUGGAGAAACAUUUCCAGGGACUCAAAAUCCACAAAUCUAGAAAUGAACGUCCUUUUAUUGGGAGGGGGGUAAAUUUGAGCUUUGUGCAUAUGAUUUGACAUUUUCCUUUCUCUUUUUUUCUCUGUGUGGUUCCUAAAUUAAGAUGCAGUGUAUGUUUUGGAAAGGGAGAGAGUCUUGGGGCUUUGGAAACAGAACCAAGUCGAUCAGGUGGCCUUUGCUGCUCCAGGCAGGCUGAGUACCUUGACUGGACUCGGAGUCAAGGCCUGGAGCAUGAGAACUGAUCCCCACAAGGACCAUUUGCACUCCAUCUGAGGAGGCUGUGUUGCUAAAGAAAUGUACGAUGUAUGAUGUGAGCUCGCUGUGCUGCCUUCAGAUAGUUCCCAGAGCUGUUUGGGACCCUGAGCAUGCACCCAGGGGCAAAGCCUGCCCUUACUCACGCUCUGCUGUGGUGUCUUGGGAGUUGUGCAGAGAAGGGAAGAGCCUGGUUUACUGUGGGACCACAGGGAUUUGUCAUGCAGUUUUCUUCGCAGUGCUUCAGUGGUAGUAUAAGCAAGGUGGUACCCAGAGGAGGGCUGCAGAGUAGAUGCUCACCGUCAGUGAUUGAAUCGCAGUAGCCACAGUGAAAGAGUGCUUACUUACCUGAGUGCUGGAGCUAACACUU